ACACAACUUCAGGUACAUAAGACUGCAGAAUGGCAAAGAAAUUUCAGCUUUCAGCUUCAUCUCCACAUUGUGCACUCCCUUCCCAUUUCCCCCAAAAAAUGUUCAAUCUUUCUUGCUUCUUCCUCCUCUUCCUUCUCCAUUUUGCUGUCAAUGUGGGUGGUGAUGAAGCAGUGGGAGUGAUAAGUGUUGAAGAUUCAAGCCCUGUGGCUCUGCAGGCUUUUUCUGGGUCUGGGGUUCCUGUAGCGGUGUCUGUGCCUGUUGAGAGUGUGGGUUUGGUUUCAAGAAGUGUUGUUGAGGCUGAAAGAUGGGUGAGAAGCCAUGUUCUUGCUCACUAUCCGGGCACCAACAUUACUACCAUUGCUGUGGGUGAGAGUUUUUUGUGUGGGGAAGAUAGGGAAGAGAGGGUGGGGUUAGUGUUGCCAUCCAUGAAGAACAUUCACUAUUCUCUUACUAGGUGGGGUUUGGGAGGGGAAAUUAAAGUUUCCACUUCUUUCUCCCAAAGGUGUGUGAAGUACCAGAGAUUUGCAGAGAGAUAUAUUAAGCCUGUUCUUGAGUUUUUGCGGGAGAUUGAUGCUCCUUAUUUGGUCAAACCUUCUUCUGAGUUGUCCAUUUCAGAGUUUCUCAAGAAUCUUGGAGGUUUUAGCCUCAAGAAGAUCCAUUUAAUCCAGGAAAGAGCAAAACCCAGAAGGCUUUCGUUCUUUGAAUCUUUAUUUGCAGAUUCAGUUCCGGGUAGGCCAUGGCUAAUAGCGCCGGCUCAACCUCCGACCGGUUCAUCUUCACCGGCGUUUGCUGCAAAAAGCCCUCUCCCGCCACUUAUAGGGAGUUUUCCGCCGCCCCCAUUGUCUCUUCCGGCUCCGAUGUUCAACCCUGCGACUCCGCCGUACGGGCCGCACUUGCCGCCGUGUAAGCCGUCCGGGGGCGAAGUGUCGGUGCCGGCGCCUGCGGCGGCGGCGCACGGUGGGCUGUGGUGCGUGGCGAAGCCGAACGUGCCGCCGGAGACUCUGAAGGAGGCUCUGGACUACGCGUGUGGAGAAGGCGGCGCGGAUUGCGAAGCCAUUAGACCUCACGGGAGCUGCUAUUUCCCUAACACCAUUGUCGCCCAUGCUUCCUAUGCUUUUAAUAGCUACUGGCAGAGAUCCAAGAAAGUUGGGGGCACUUGCGGCUUUGAAGGCACUGCUAUGCUCAUCAACUCUGAUCCAAGUUAUCGCCAUUGUCGAUUCAUUCUUGCAUAGUGAGCCACCAGAGAGGUUUGAUUUUGGUGUUGAAGUGAGGAUUUGAGAUCAUCGUUCGUCCGGCCGGGAAAAGGUGUAUGAUUGCCCCACAGUGGCAUCCUAGUAUCGUAGUUGUUAAUAAGUAGGACACCUGGGAAUUCUAUCGUAUGUAUGAAUGAUUCAAUUAUAAUCCUAUGAUUUUGGUAAUUCUAUCAUUUUGCUUUCCUUUUUUUUAA